CCGAACGCGGAGUCGCAGAUCCGGCGCGUGAUUCUACGACGUGAGACAGCUCUCGUUCGACGCAAGCAAUCGCUGAAUUGCGACGUUUAAGCGAAAAUUUCCCAGGCCUGACUGCAUUAAUAAACUCUCGUAAACUGUGCGACCGAGUUACAUACCGCAUGGCGUUUUAAGUCUUGCGCCCAUAGUUUUAUUAGAGUAGGUAAAAGUGGUAGCGAGAAAAGUUUACUCUAGAAAUAAAAUUAGCUGUUGGCUGUUACGGCUGCCGUUGUCGGAAGCGAAAGGCCCGCGAAACUUCCUGACUGCCCGAUCCAGAUACUUCGACGAGAGCGACGCACCAUUGGCGGCUAAUGGCUCGGAAGCAGCAGUGCGUCGCCAUUGUUCUGACCAUGCUGGCGUUGGCAGGGGCCGAGGCGAAUUUCUGGGAGAGGCCCGGCUGCCACAAAGUGGGACACACGCGCCGGGUGAGCAUCCCCGACUGCGUCGAGUUCGACAUCACGACGAACGCUUGCCGGGGCUUCUGCACCUCGUACUCGAUCCCGUCGCCCGAGGUCACGCUGCGCAUGAACCGCAACCAGGGGGUCACCUCGUUCGGACAGUGCUGCAACAUCAUCGACACCGAGGACGUCAAAGUCCAGGUGCGCUGCCUCGACGGCCACAGAGACCUGGUCUUCAAGUCGGCCAAAAGCUGCGCCUGCUUCCACUGCAAGAAGAACUGACCGAGCGGGUGGUUCCUCCUCGACAGUUGGAUGGCCGUCGAUGUGGCAUCAUCCCUUCGCAGUAUUUCCUUGUCGUCGCAUACAGCUGUUCACGGAAUAUUUAUAACCGAACACCAAACUGUGCAUCUAGUUUAACUACAGUAAUCGGGUUUACGUCAUGUGAGAAAAUAAUGUGCGCUAAUAAUGAAAAGCAAGAGCCCUAAUAUUCUCACGUCCUGACCUUGCACUCACUCUAGCGAGGGUCGACAACAGUGUGAGAUUUCAUCCUUUUAUUUGUGCUCGCUAAUAUUGAUUCGUUAAUUAAUUAUUCUGGUGACAUAUCAGGAAUGUAUUCUUUUUCUUUCUUACUGUGUUUGUUUGUGUGAUAGCUGUGACUGUCUUAUAUAACCCAAGCAAGCUUUCUCAAUGUUAUAUAUGCUAUUUCAGUUGAGCAGCAUAUAUGUCUGCAGAUCAAAUUUGUGUGUAGCAGGGCAAGAUAAACGAUGAAAGAUAUAUACACUCUAACUGUAUUGUGUACCAAUGUCAAAAGUUGGAUGUUUGUGAAAAUAAAGUAUUAUAA